UGAAAUAACAAGAGCACUGCAAUGAAAAGACUGUUAAUACGAUAUUGUAUUUAUGAGUGGGGAUAUUGAAUUUUCUUAUUCACACCGUGUCAACCGUCAGUUUUGUUUUCAUUCUUACAUGAUUUGGCUUUUAGUAGCAUGAAAGGUCGCUUUAUAUGGCCGUACGUGAUUUUAUGCUAGAAUCCAUUUUAUUAUAUAGAAAUAUCGUUUCUUUUUGCGAGUCCGAUACAAUUCUAGAGAUUAAUUAAUUUAUGAAUUUAUACUGAAUAUAAAGGAAUAUUGUAAGCUGAUGAGGGGUGUGUUGUGUUAUAUCGGUGCUUUCGGUUAUAUAACGGAUUACUAUACCUUCGUGGACGUGAAGGAUUUCUUAAAGCAGAUUUACAGACUAUUUUCAAAAUGUUUCAUUUGAAAUAUCCAAAGAAAUCCAAUUUCUUCACUUGGGGCGAACUGGGGUGUUUGGCUCGAGCAUUAGGGUAUCGGGUAGAAAUAUUUCAAGUUAAUAUUACAGAUGAGAUUUAUUCUACAACAGAAGGUGUCACUUUAAAGGAGAUGAUGAAAAUGAUGGACUAUAAAAUAUUACAAACUGUAUUACACCAAACAUUUAAUAUGCAUACAGCUGAUUGGAAUAUGUGUGUAAUUAGUAAAUGUCUACAUUUACUCAAUCAUAAAGCAUUAAUGUUUGAAGAACUCCACAAUAUUAGAAUAGGCUAUGAAACAUAUGAAGCUGUAGAUAUGAAGGGAAUGAUAAUUAAUCAACAUAUCUUACUUCGUGCUCUCAAGAUGUGUGGUAGAAUGAUUGCUCCAAUGAAACUUAUGCACAGAAUAAAACAUAUGAAAGAUGAUUUUGAAGAAAAGGCAAGAAUUCAAUUAUAUGAGUUUUUAGAUCUUAUUUUAUGGUGUGAUCUGUAUCAAAGUUUUCAACCUUAUCACGAUCAUUUAUCUCCUGAUAAAGAAAAUAAACUUUUUAAGCUUGUUGAUUUUGAGAAUCUGCUGAGCCACCAUGAUGAGAAAAUUGCAGGGUUACUUAAUCAAAAGUAUAUUGAAGAGGAAAUGGAUUUUGGCCAUGGAAAUCUUGGAAGUAAACGAAACUUUAAAGAUCCAACAGUUCUUACAGAAGAUAGAAUUAGAAGAACCCAGUAUCAUAAAGCUAAUUAUAAACCACUUAAAAGUGAAAUAAACAACUCACAGAAACAAGUUUAUCAAGCUAAAGCAGGUUUUGUCCGACCAAGACCUGUCACGGCACCUCAACUCAGUCACUAUAAUCGUAAAUUCAGCCAACAGACUAUGACAGAAACAAGUGUUAGUGAGGCGUAUAAAAUGGUUCAAAGACGUUUGAGAUCGGCACCACCAAGAUCCUCAAGAAUUUUACCAGAAAGACCUAAAACUAGUGAGUACCAUAGAGAAGUGACCCCACCUAUAGUUACACCAUUACAAGUUAAACAAUAUCAAGAUAAAUUAGGUUCACUACAAUUUGCCAUUACUACAGUUAAAACAAGAAGUGAAGAAUGUUUACAUGAAGAAAUGGAUUAUAUGUUGCCUGGUUAUAGGGAAAAAAAGGAAAAAGACUCAAAACCUGUCGAGAAAGAGAUAGUGGAGGAACCUGUAAAAGUUGUAGAAAAGAAGAAAGAUAAACAAGCUAUAGUAGAAGAAUUAGCUCAUCCUUUAGCUAGCAAUCCUGUCCACCAUUUCAGAACAUGUGAUGCCAGAUAUCGAGGCUGGUAUAAUGCUGGACAUAAGAGAGGACUACAUAAAGUUUUGAUAGAUUCUUCUUUUAAUGAAGGCCAGAAAGGACAUUUUCUUAAACAGCUCCAAACAGGUGUUGACAAUGGUUACUCAAAAAAUUAUAUUUACAGAUAUAACAUGAAAAAAUCAAUAGUGGCUUUGAAAGGACGACCAAAAUACCGACCUAGAACAGCGCCGGCUUUCUCCAGAUGUUCUGAAACCAUGACAUCCCCAAAACAGAAGGAACAAAAAGGUCAAAGCAAUAAGGAGAAGCUGCAGCCAGAGGAAGAUGAUUGUACAAUUACGUCCAGUAAUUUAAAUGACAGUGCUUCAUCAAGUAGCAGCAUGAAAAAUGAAUCUCACUUAGUUGACAAUAAUGAUGUUUUGCAGAGUAAAACAUUUAAAAGUCCACAAAGGAAGUCUGAUAAAAGAAUUACAGCAGAAAUGAAACCGUUGUUUAUUCCAAUUUCAAAAAUUUGUACUAAAUCUUUAUCUCCAGAAAUUGAUUACCCACUGCCAGUGAUGAAACAUUCUAAACCAACAAUUGUGGAAGUCGGCCAUAUUGGACGCAUUAAACUAUUAGAGAAUAUUGAAGAAUCUCAAGACCUUGAGGAAUUAUUGGAAGAACCGACAUAUAAUAUGACAACUGCUUUUAUUCUGAAAGCCCAGGACAGAAACACUAGUUUCCAUGGUGAUAAUAAACAGGAAUCUCAACCUUUGGAAGACGGACAUGUACGUAGUGUUCCAGGUUCACCAAAUCUGUCAACGAAAAAUUACCAAGAAGAAUCUCCUACUACAUUACAAGUGAACUUGACAAAUGUAAUAGAAGGAAAUAAAUCUGAAAAAGAUAUUUUGUUUAAAAGAACAAAUUCUGAAAUUGACAUAAAAGUGAACAAAACAAUAGAUGAUGAUAAAAGUGAACAAUUUCAACCAAUGUAUGACCCUGUUUCAUCAUGUCAUAAAUCUUUAUCUAUUCCUAAAUCACAGAAUAAUAUCAGAUCGUUAGGUUAUAUUCGACUGGCCAAUAGAAUUAAUAAUGACACUAAUUCGCAUUACAUACAAAAAUGUUUACUAAGUGCUUCUUCUUAUUAAAUAGAUUCGUUAGUAAUAAAUAUAGGGCUUAAUUGGUUGAAUUAAAGUUGUUUAUAUA